AUGAUCGUGUCGCGACAGGGCCGGCUGGUGUCGCAGGUGCCGCUGCCGCAGUACAUGAAGCUGGCCAAUCCAGGCCCUCCCAGAUUACUGGCAUUUGCGCUCACCAUGUUCGUGCUGGGCCUCUACCAGUUUGGCGCCGGACUACCCCAUGCGGAUCCCCAGGUGGGCAUGGGCCCGGACCAGGCCGUCUUUGGUCUGGCGGUGUUCAUGGGAGGAAUCGAUGAAAUUCCGCGUGGGCAACACCUUUAG